UUCCAUCCUCUCUUUCCUCCACCAACAAUUAACUCCGCCGGCGUGACCGAAUCGCCAGAAAAAUGGGGGCGCCGGCUCCGAGCGAAGCCACGCGGGGGCGGAAGAAGUCGGCGGGGCGUGGCCACCACCGCUUCGUCGGCGUCCGGCAGCGCCCCUCCGGUCGGUGGGUGGCCGAGAUCAAGGACUCCCUCCAGAAGGUCCGCCUCUGGCUCGGCACCUUCGACACCGCCGACGACGCCGCACGCGCCUACGACGACGCGGCCCGGGCCCUGCGUGGGGAAAACGCGCGCACCAACUUCGAGGUCCCGAACCCUUCCUCCCGCGGCGGGUCCCGCGGCUGCCACGACAGCAUCGAGCCCUUCUCGUUCGAGGAGGUGUGCGGGACCGGGAACGAGACGGACGGGAUCCUCGGCGCCCUCAAGACCAAGCUGCUCGACGGAAAAGGCCUACGGAUUACUCCAGCUGGCAACAACAACGCGCCAGCUGGCGGUGGCGGUGAAAAGGACAAUACUACCCUUAUGAAUCAUACCGGCCAAGUAGCCGUAGCCGUAGCUCCCCCGGCGGCCCAGAUUGGUGGUAGCAAUAGUAGGCCACCCAAGCCUCCGAAACCGAACCAACCGGCUGGUUUUGUUGGUGGUUCGACCGGGAUCGAGGAUAUUGGUCAUCAUCAUAAUAAUCGUCAUGUCACGGAUCAUGGUAUGGUCACGACUGAGCAUCAUCAGCAUCAAGGACUCCACAAUUACAGUCAAGAUACGACGGAAACGAUCGAUCUGAACAAUUCGAGUUACUGGGAAAAAACAAACGCUGCUCCAAUGUCGUCGCAGUGGCAGCAGAGUCCCAACGGGGCGUGGUCCGGUCAACUCCAUCAUCCCGAAUUUUCCGCCGGGUAUAGUGGACAUCACCAAAUGGCGUGGGCCCCACAGCUGGACAACCAAAACACGGUGGCUAAUUUGUUUGAUGGUAGCAGUAGUAGCGGGGCGGCGACGACGAGCUCGUCGUGGUCGGUUCAUGACCAAUCUACUCAAUUCCGUGCGUCGUCGUUUUCGAGUUCCGGGAUGGAUGUGACGAUGGUGGCAAACGGAAACAAUCACGGCGUUAGGUUUAUGGACUGCGAUCUCCGUUCGUCGUCGACGGAGCACCAGUUUAUGCACUGCGAUCUCAACAACAACAACAACAACAACAAUAAUAAUACUACCGGCUGGACGCCGCCACCUGCCGGCGCCGGCGGUUCGUCUUGGGAUCCUCUCCUCUACAUGUCCUCGGUGCUAGGCUGAUUCAGUACUACUCCUAAUUAUGCAUUGAUUUUGAAUUCUCUUAAUUAAUUCUUCGUGUGUAAUAUUGAUUUUUUUCUGACCACUCCAAAAUUAUACAUCGAGGCAAAUGGCGUUUUUCCAUACGAUAUUGUUUUCCUUCUUCAUUUUCGUUUCUUGUUUUUGGAGUACUCCAACUAAGAGUCCGCCGGCCGGCGAAAUGAUUAGCUCUAUAGUUGUCUCCUACGUUACACGUACGUGCGUGUAUAUACACAAACCGCCGGCGGGGUCAUCGAUCGACUUUCUCCAGCCAAUACAUUUUACGUACUGAUGUAAGAUGAAGUGGCACAUGUAGCUGGAGCUAACGCAAGUUCCAAACGAAAACAAGAGUGAAAGAUGAUGGUUUUGGACUAUUGGCCACUUCCUUGUUCUUAUGACUUGGCAAGUUCCCUAGUUUUCAUCUUCUUGUUCGAGUUGUCAACUUGUCAUAGCUCAAACAAACAUUAAAAAAAAAAUACUAUGUGUAAAGACUUAUAACUCACCAUUCCUUUUUAAUUUACAAUUUGUCAAAUGAAAUAUUACGUAAGAU